AUGCAGAUCUUCGUGAAGACCCUGACGGGGAAGACGAUUACGCUCGAGGUAGAGUCUUCUGAUACCAUCGACAAUGUGAAGGCCAAGAUCCAGGACAAGGAGGGGAUCCCGCCGGACCAGCAGCGGCUCAUCUUCGCCGGGAAGCAGCUAGAGGACGGGCGAACUCUCGCCGACUACAAUAUCCAGAAGGAGUCGACGCUUCACCUCGUGCUUCGCCUGCGCGGUGGUGCCAAGAAGAGAAAGAAGAAGACGUACACCAAGCCGAAGAAGAUCAAGCACAAAAAGAAGAAGGUCAAGCUCGCCGUUCUCCAGUUCUACAAGGUCGACGACAGCGGCAAGAUUGUGAAGCUUCGCAAGGAGUGCCCCAACCCCGAGUGCGGGGCCGGCACCUUCAUGGCUCACCACCACGACCGAUACUACUGCGGCAAGUGCGGCCUCACGUACGUUUACGCCGGUAACAAGGUGCAAGCUGAGUAA